AUGGCUCCACUACUGACCUUCGCCCAGCUGGAGCAGGCUGCUCUAUACGUGGUGCGUCUCAUCGCCGACAUUCCCGGCCUUGAGAACACGCGUCUAGCCAUCAUCGGUGACCUGACCGUCACCAAGUAUCUGCCAAACCAUGGCCGCCCUGCUAGCAUCGACCUAGUCAUCAGCAAGUCCUCCUCUCCCGGUCGCGUCCGCAAGGAGAUUGUCGGCCACCCCAUCACGCCCCUCAUCGAAAAGUCGGGCGCCGUCUUCUACCGCCACACCUCUGGCUGGGAGAUCGAGGUCAAGCUCAUCCCCGACUGGCUCUGCCCGUACCUCCCGGCAUCUGCCCGGCGCGUCCGCGACGUCACCGGCGAGGCGACCCUGCCCUACACGUCUCUCCAGGACCUCAUCGUCUUCAAGAUGGACGCCUGCGGUCUCCACGAGAACGACGCCAGCAAGCGCCGCGACGCAUGCGACGCCGCCGCACUCCUCGAGCUGGCCUCGGAGCACGGCGCCCUCAACCUCGACGAGGACCAGGCCGAGCGAGCCGAGGAGGCCCUCGCCGACAUGGUCGAGUUCUCUGACCCCGAGCACGACAAGAACUGGUGGCAGCGAUGCCUGGGCAUGGUCUCGGACAAGCCCCGGACUCCCCAGGAGAUCCUCUCCGACCUUGCCGACCGACCCCAGACGGCUUCUUCCUCGCGCUCGUCCGUCCACUCGUCCAUCUCGCGAGCUUCCUCCUACGCGAGCACCCACUCCUCGACCUCUUCUGUCUCUUCCGUUGGAAUGGAUGAGAAGCCCUCCAUGGCCGAGAAGAACGGACGUCCCCGCAAGAUGAGCAUCACCAAGAAGACGCCCCGACACAAGCGCCACACCUCGAUCAGCGGCCUCGAGGUGCACAUGCAGCGACUCGAUCUCGAGCGACCAGCCUCACCCGGCAUCGCCCUCACGAACCGCAUCUAA